GUGAACUAUUCAAUCUAACACGGUCCUCUGUCGGUAAGCUUCUUAAUUAGAGUGGCAGGUGUUUGAAGCAGGAGCUAAAGGUAGCUGGUGAGACUCGUGGUGUUGGUGCAGCCAUUACCGACACUUGACAAUUGCAAGUGAAGCAGUUCGUGCCUAUCAAAUCCUCGUGACACUCGAUCUAAAGAAUUUCCUGUAGCACUGCCUUGAUUUGCCGGUUGUAACGGUGUAUGCGGUGAAGUGGACAGUGAACCAGUUGACAGUCAGGUACUCUCGUGUCCUCAGAGACGUCGCUGUGUCUCCGCGUCCUUCUCGUGAUUCGCCGCCACAGUUUCAUCCACGUUAUGAGUUCCUUCGUGCCCUCUUUACUCUUCGUGGUGGUGGGGUGGACUUCAUUCUUCUGGCCCGCCGAGGUGGUAGUAGGUCGAAACGGAUUGGUGAUCACCUCGCUUCUCACCAUCGCCUCCAUGUACACCGGCAUCAGGCAGACAAGUCCCACCACAAGCUACGUGAAGGCCCUGGACGUGUGGAUGUUGAUGUGCAUUCUACUCACCACUGUGCCUCUCCUGCAGUACACCCUCAUCCUGUCAUGGAGGAAGACCAGUGACAGCAGCGUAACGAAAGUAGUGCCCGGUCUGCGGCGCCCUCUGGAAUCUCUGCCACUGAAAUCUAUGAGACACGCAAGAGAUGGUUGGCCGCCUGGGAUUACCUAUCUGUUUCCUGCUCUUCAACCUUGCCUACUGGCCCUCCUACCUGACCCCGAGCCUCCACGCCCUCAAUUGAGCCGACCACCACUGUGUGCGGCGCCCUUAUGCCGCGGAGCGCUCUGAACUAAUGUGCCGAAUGUCAUGUCGUUUGUUACUCGCAUGUGUGUUGUUAUUUUGUUACUUUUUUUCGUUUUUUUUUAAAUAUUCCAUGAUAUAAAUUUUUACCAGAGCAAUA